ACUGGAACAAACGGAUUGAAUACAAGCCCGGUUCUGGCAGCAUACCUUUGUUUCCCAGCAUUCAUCUAGAAACGUGUGAUGGACCAGUUUCCUCAAUACAUACCACCAUUGAAUUACAGACCAAUUACAUUGGAAAGGGCUGUGAUCGUGAAACAUACUCAGAAAAAUCUCUGCAGAAAUUAUGUGGAGCUUCCUCAGGUGCCAUUGACCUGUUACCAUCUCCUAGUGCAAAAACUAACUGGACAGCUGGGCUUCUCAUGGAUAACAAUGACAUGAUUUUUAAAUUUGAUGGAAAGCAAGGAGCCAAAAUCCCAGAUGGAAUAGUCCCGAAGAAUUUGACUGAUCAAUUCACCAUCACUCUGUGGAUGAAACACGGACCUAGUCCAGGAUUAAGAGCUGAGAAAGAGACUAUUCUCUGCAACUCUGACAAGACAGAGAUGAACCGACAUCACUAUGCCCUGUACGUGCACAACUGCCGAUUAGUAUUUCUGUUACGCAAAGACUUUGAUCAGGCCGACACCUUUCGUCCUGCGGAGUUCCACUGGAAACUGGAUCAGAUUUGUGAUAAAGAAUGGCAUUACUAUGUUGUCAAUGUUGAGUUUCCCGUUGUUACGUUAUACAUGGACGGAACAACAUACGAACCUUACCUUGUGACCAAUGAUUGGCCUAUCCACCCUUCACACAUCGCCAUGCAGCUGACAGUUGGUGCUUGUUGGCAAGGAGGUGAAGUCACCAAGCCCAGGUUUGCUCAGUAUUUCCAUGGCAGCCUGGCCAGUCUAACUAUCCGGCCAGGCAAAAUUGAGAGUCAGAAAGUGAUUUCCUGUUUGCAGGCCUGCAAGGAAGGUCUGGAUAUUAAUUCUUUCGAGAGUCUUGGCCAAGGAAUAAAGUAUCACUUCAACCCUUCCCAGUCAGUCCUUGUCAUGGAAGGAGAUGACAUUGAGAAUAUAAAUCAAGCUCUCCAAAAGGUCUCAUACAUCAACUCUAGACAGUUUCCUACUGCAGGCGUACGACGUCUCAAAGUCUCAUCUAAAGUCCAAUGUUUUGGUGAAGAUGUCUGCAUUAGUAUCCCAGAUAUAGAUGCGUAUGUAAUGGUGUUUCAGGCCAAUGAGCCCAAGAUUACCAUAAGUGGGAUGGACCACUUUGCUAGACCAGCUGCACAAUUUGAAAGUGAGAGAGGUGUUAUUUUGUUACCUGACAUCAGGAUUGUCAGCACAAUCACUAAAAUGGAGCAUCCAGUGGACUUAAAAGAACAUGACAGAGCCAAUAAGCCAGUCGUAUUAGAGGAAAUGCUCCACAACUUGGAUUUCUGUGAUAUUUUGGUCAUUGGUGCAGAACUAGAUCCCGAGCAAGAGUGUUUAGAACUAGAUCACAUGGAGCUUCAAGGAAAACAUCUAGAUGCCACAAAUUCCACAGCAGGCUAUUCAAUCUAUGGUGUGGACAGCAUGCACAACUAUGAACAGGUUCUUCGGCAGGUUCGAUAUCGUAACUGGUACACUUCUACCACCUUUGACAGAAAGUUCAGAGUCAAGUGCUCAGAGCUAAAUGGACGUUACACUAGCAAUGAAUUUAACUUGGAGGUUAAUAUCGUACACAGCUCCAACUCCAACUUCAUGGACCAUGUAAAUCAUAUGAUAGUACAACCACAAUUUCUCCAAUCUGUCCACCACCCAGAGGGAAGCAUAAGUGCUGUUCACAACUCAGUUGUUCCAAGUGUGGCUACUAUCGUUAUCAUAACCUGUGUGAGCAUACUCAUUUUCAUCAUAACCUUGGGGGUCUACCGAAUUCGGACAGCUCAUCAGCACAGCUCUGCAGACAACGAAGGAAGUAAAGAAAAUGAAAUGGACUGGGAUGAUUCUGCUCUGACUAUUACUGUCAACCCCAUGGAGAAAUAUGAAAAGCCUCACCAGACAGAAGAGGAGAGUGAGGAAGAAGAGAUAGAUGAUGAAGAAGAUGACACAACCAGUGCUGAAUCAGAUGAAAGUGAAGAGGAAGAGGAGGAGGAGGAGGAGGAGGAAGAGGAAGUGAUUGUCCAAAAGGGAGACAAACAGAAUGCCACCAGGCAAGAGCAGUUGGAGUGGGAUGAUUCAACACUCCCGUACUAA